AGAAGCUAAGAGGUAGAAGAAUGCUCCAUUCAGCUGCAUUCCCGGCACCGUACAGUUCGGUGCCGGUUCUCACUCGCGCACACACGUGUCGCUCUCUUGCAAUUGUCGUUCAUUGUCAUUCUUCUUUCGUUUCGCGGCUCGGGUUCCGGCAAGUCCUCGGGAACCGGGGCGCCGUGCGCGGCGGAGGGUUUGUCGCCGCCGCCAGAAAGAAUAAAAGGCACGGCAGCGCUGGGUUCGUGGGAAUGGAGGAUGAUAUCGACGAUGACGAGGACGAUUUUGAUGAUGAAUACGAUGAAGGUGAAGAAGAUGAUGAGGGUAUGCUUCCGUUGGAGAAGAUGGAUAAAUGGUUCAAGAAGAGGCCAAAGGGUUUUGGUGAAGGAAAAGUUUAUGACACUUCGGUUGAGGAUAAGCUGCUUGACGAAAUGCGGCAAAGUAGAAUAGCUCAGGCUGAAAAUUUGAAGAAGCUUAAGAGCAACCCUGGGAAGCAUGCUUCCAACACAAGUGAUCAAAAGAGGAAAGAGGCAGAAGUCUUUCCAAUUGGAGUUCGAGUGCGCUUGGUGAAUCUACCGAAGAAAAAGAACAUCCAUAGGGACCUGAAAUCUGCUUUGCAAGGGAUUCCGGGCAUAGUUAAUAUAGUCCCAGCUGUUACUGGGAACAAGAAGACAAGGGACCCAAUCUGCAAGGGUUUUGCUUUUAUUGAUUUCAGGCAUGAAGAAGAUGCAGUUAGGUUUGUAGAGUUAUACAGUGGACAAACUAUCACUUUUGGUAAAAUUCAGAAGCAGAUAAAAUGUGAGCUUCUAAAUGCCGAGUCUUCCUCUUCUUCUCUGAACUUAAGCGAAAGCCUCGGUGCUCCUCCAGAGCUCAUGGGCUCUGCCUUCGUAGACGAUUCUAAUGAGGAUUCUAAUAUAGAUGAUUCUGCCCUCAGUUCCUGGGUUGGGACUAAUUCAGAUGAUUUGGAUGGCCUGGAAAAUGAGGUGUAUUAUGGAGAAGAACAGGAAGAUGAUGGAGAUAAUCAAGGGUCUGUCACUGAUUUGAGGGUGGAUAGUGAUGAUAGUGCGGAAAUGAGGAUUGAUCAUGAAAUUAAUUUGCCUACAUCGGAGCAGGUUGACAGAAACCCCCCAGCUGAGCAGAAGUCAUCAGCCAAGGUUAAACAAGAGAAUGCACGUAAGAAAAAAUCAACUUCCAAAGAGAAAGCAAAAAAGGUUUUAGAUGUUCCUGGAUCUGCAAAAAGGUUAAAGAUCAGGGAGAAGGCUGUAUUAAGUGAUGUUUUCUCCAAGUAUGGAUUAAAAACAUCCCUUGCUUCAAAAGAUAAAUAGUAAAUUGCUAAUGAGCUUAAAUUGCCGAAGUCUAAACCAUCACGUUACAUGCAAUGUGGACUUUCCAGUUGGCCAUGGAGCCCUGUUUUUGAUGUUUUUGAUUCAGUGUACACUCAAAUUGUAGGGUAGGAGUAUUAUAAAAAAAAAUGGCAUCCUAUAUUAUUAAUUUUAUGAAUAUCAGAGCAUUCUUUCGUAGUGUUCUCAAUUCAUGGGUAGGAAUUGGAGUGUUUAUUCAUUUUUGAGUUUAAAUGUAAAGAAGUAUUAGUAAAUUAUUCAAGUUUUACUAUUUAAAUAUUUAGUCAAAUUAUUUGUUUAU